GUAGGCGAAUUAUUAUUUUGUUGUGAACAUUCAGAGAAGGUUUUCGUGCGUGUGAGGUAGGCCAUAACAUUCAGAUCGCUUCCGAUAGCAUGCAUUUUGCGGCAUUUUCCUAGGUCAUGAAAAUGCCUAUUAAAACGUAUCAGUUGCCGAAGCUGCGGGAGUGUUUUAAGUUGGUUGACAAAAAUGUUGUUCAUUGGUUUCCUGGGCACAUGGGGAAAGGCAUGAAACAAAUGCAGCAACAGUUGAAGUCUGUGGACUGUGUUAUCGAAGUACACGAUGCCAGAAUCCCAGCGUCGGGUCGUAACCCGAAUUUCAAACAUACUGUCCUGGGUCUGAAGCCGCAUAUUGUUGUCUUGAACAAGAAGGAUUUGAUUCCUGAAGAAGUCGUGCCGCAGGUGGAAAAAAUGUUCCUGCAAAACGGUAUCAGCAACUUGUUGUUUACAAACUGCAAAAGUCACAUGUGUAGUGGCGUGAAGAAAGUGAUUCCCUUGGCCACCAAACUGAUAAGUUCUUCACAAAGAUACAACCGCAGCGAACAGAAAGAAUUCUGCAUGAUGGUGAUUGGCGUGCCCAAUGUGGGCAAGUCUUCAUUGAUUAACGCACUGCGAAACAGGCACCUUCACAAGUCGAAUGCGGCUCACGUUGGUGCUGUGGCGGGGGUGACGCGCAGUGUGCAGACUCGCAUCAAAGUCGGUCACCAACCACUGUUCUACUUGCUGGACACUCCAGGUGUGCUCACACCUAGUGUCACGGACGUGGAGUCGGGGAUGAGGCUGGCGCUGUGUUCCUGCCUGCCAGAUCAUUUGGUGGGAGAGGAAAUGAUCGCGGAUUACCUGCUGUACAUGCUAAACAGGGAACAAAAUUUUACUUAUGUAGAGUAUUUAGGUUUGGAGCAGCCAACAGAUGUAAUAUCCCAGGCACUGGUGAGCCUAGCCCAAAAGCUUGGGAGAACACAAAAGAUACGCAGUAUGGAAGGAGGCUAUGCGGUUAGGUAUGACCUUAAGAGUGCAGCACAGAAUUUUGUUCGUGCAUUUCGAACAGGAGAGUUAGGACCCAUGUUUUUGGACAGAGACAAAUUAUUGACGUGAUAAAUAUGAUACUGCUAAUUGACUUGGUACAAAAUGUUACAUUUAUUAGAAAAUCAUAUAAUAGACACUUCUCUAGACUGGUAGAAUGUCCCUGAUUAAUGUUUUGUGACAUGAGUCAUGAAUGACAUCAAACAAACUACCCUUUUGACCUAAAUAAAAUGCAUACUUAUGUUAUAGGGAUGUUAUGUAACUUAUGUAAGCUUCCUUAAUCUAAAUUCUUCUCAAUGAGAUGAUAAUAAAAAAAUUAACAGUCCAAAAUUUUUGUUUACUCUAAAAAUACAGUUCAAUUUACCUACUUAUAUUUUUUUUUCAAUUAAUGUAUCUUUUAAUAUUUUUUUUUUUAGUUUUCUUUUUAUUGCAGCACAUUAUAUUACCAUUACUAUUUUUUUCCCAUGGAAAUUAAUUACACAAGUUUGGUAUGAGCAAUAUCUUUAAUGCAUUGUAAAAAUAUUAAUACUUAUUUAUGAUACACACAUGUUGUAAUGAAACAAAAAAUAAAUAUUAUUGUUUUCUAUUUUUAA